CUCUACCUGGAAUACCCAGAGCCUCCCGCCACAAAGGUUUGUACAAAGGACCAGAGAGCCCAGACCCAGCAGACCUACAUGUUCCUGAGAAUCUGACUCUUCACCCUCGUGGAGACCUACUCCUGCCUGGAAAACAGCAUCGCUGACUUCCACCGCUCCACACACAGCAUGGACUCCCUAAUCGGGGACUCAGACCCCAACCUGUUCCCCAUGUCCAUGAGGACGGAGACCGCCUUCUCCCGGGACCAGAACCCUAUGGAUAUGGACCAGGAAGGCUACAUUGGAAAAGACCAGAAACUGUUCAGCGACAACACCCUGGAUCUCCUCCAGGACUUUGAGUUGACAGGCUCCCCCUCAGACUUUUACGUAGGGGACGACGCCUUCCUCUCCUCCCUGGCUGAUGACACUCUGCUGGGGGAUGAGAGCCAGGAUCGUGGGGUCUCCAACUCCACCUUCAAGCCAGCUGCUACUACGACCAAUAGUGGUAGUUUUAGCGGUUCCAACACCACCACAUUGAAUGGUAGCAGUCUACUAGCAUGUCAGGAUGAGUCCAACUCCAGCACCUCUAUGACAACCACUGCCACCUUUCCCGUGGUGAAGAUGGAGAAGGAAUCUGGCUUCAUCCAGCUGUGUACUCCAGGGGUGAUCAAACGGGAGAAGACGUCGGCCAUUCGUAGCUACUCCUGCCAGAUGAGUGGUAGUACCGGUGGCUCCACUUCCUCCUCCCCCUCCGAGCUGUCCAGCGCCAGCCCCAGCCCCAUCUCCAUCUGUGGGGUGAGCACCUCUGGAGGACAGAGCUACCACUUUGGAGGCAACAGCAGCAUCAACACCCCCUUGGCUUCCACUACCAGUGGAGCUUCUCAGCAGAAGGAUCAGAAGCCCUCGGUGUUCAGCCUGUAUCCUCCACUGGUGACAGUAGGAGAGGCCUGGAACAACAUUAGCUAUGGGGAUGGAGCUUCUGGAAUGCAAGGCCUCUCCAGCCCUACCUCCGCUUUCUCCAGCAGCUAUGUCAGUUCUACCUCCAAGCAUGGUGGUGGCGCUGCGUCAUGUACAACCCAGGGCAAGGCCGGGACCACCCAUAAGGUCUGUCUGGUGUGUUCAGAUGAGGCGUCUGGCUGUCACUACGGGGUGCUCACCUGCGGAAGCUGCAAGGUGUUCUUCAAGAGAGCCGUGGAAGGUACAGGGGCAAGGGGGCAACACAACUACCUGUGUGCUGGGAGGAACGACUGCAUCAUCGAUAAGAUCAGAAGGAAAAACUGUCCAGCCUGCCGCUUCCGCAAGUGUCUCCUGGCAGGGAUGAACCUGGAAGCUCGUAAAACCAAGAAGCUGAACCGUUUAAAGGGGGUGCAGCAGCCCACCAUGGCCGAGCUGACCCCCCAUCCUCUCCCAGAGGCCAGGUCGCUGGUCCCCAAGUCCAUGCCCCAGCUCACCCCCACCAUGCUGUCCCUACUAAAGGCCAUCGAGCCAGACACCAUCUACUCUGGCUACGACGGCACCCUGCCAGACACCUCCACACGCAUCAUGACCACCCUCAACAGGCUGGGGGGGCGGCAGGUGGUAUCAGCCGUCAAGUGGGCCAAGGCCCUGCCAGGGUUCCGGAACCUUCACCUGGACGACCAGAUGACUCUGCUGCAGUGUUCCUGGUUGUUCCUCAUGUCCUUCGGCCUGGGCUGGAGGUCCUACCAACAGUGUGACGGGAACAUGCUCUGCUUCGCUCCAGACCUCGUCAUCAACCAGGACCGUAUGAAGCUGCCCUACAUGGCAGACCAGUGUGAACAGAUGUUGAAGAUCUCCAGUGAGUUUGUCAGGCUGCAGGUGUCUCAUGACGAGUAUCUGUGUAUGAAGGUUCUGCUGCUGCUCAGCACCGUGCCAAAGGAUGGUCUGAAGAGUCAGACAGUGUUUGAUGAGAUCCGGAUGUCCUACAUCAAGGAGUUGGGGAAGGCCAUCGUCAAGAGGGAGGAGAACUCCAGCCAGAACUGGCAACGCUUCUACCAGCUCACCAAGCUUCUUGACUCCAUGCACGAGAUGGUUGGUGGGCUGCUGGAUUUCUGCUUCUACACGUUCGUCAACAAGUCACUGUCGGUGGAGUUUCCAGAAAUGUUAGCAGAGAUCAUCAGCAACCAGUUACCAAAAUUCAAAGCCGGGAGCGUCAAGCCCCUCCUCUUCCACCAGAAAUGACUGUGGUGCCACUGCCCGUGUCCACCACAGAGACACAAUGCCUUAAAAUCCCCUCACCUUCCCCUGACAGAGGGAGACAGGGAAGAAGAGAGGCUGUUUUGGGAGAAAUUAUACAUUGUACAGGGGUUUGUUGAUUUUGGGGGAUGAAACGAGCGCUAUCGAGGAGGAAGGAGAGAUUUGCCAAGAGGCAGAAGAUGAGACGGAGAGAGCAGAGGAUUUUUGUUUUGUUUAACAUCCAAUUAAUAGAAUACAUGUUUUCACAAGUUGAAGUAUAAUCAAGGAUUGAACUAAACUAACCCUUUGUGUUUUCUCAGGUGUAUGACCCGCAGAACUUAACAAUAUCCAGAUGAAAUAAGUAUCUAUAUAUACAGAUUAUUGAGAUGAUGAUGAUGUCUUAAGUUUCUGCUGCCACAGUGUAUACAGUUUAUUAUACAGGUCAUUUCUUACCUCGGCAAAGGUAACACUAUAACUAUCUUGUAAUGUUAUUCUACAGGUUAACCCACUGUGUAUUCCUAUACCUGUUGCUGUUUAUAGGACGUUGUUGUAACAGAGUUCAUUAUCAAAAUCACAUGACGUUUUUUUUUCUUUGUAACUGUCAUUUUCCAAACGCAUGUUGCAUUGAUUUAAAAAAAAGUUUUAAGUCAGGUGUAACGUGAUGAAAUUGUUUUAUAUAAUGAAAGCGUACAGUACACAGUUCACAGAUCUUUGUGUACGUUAAGCUACCUGCUGGCUGCCAGGUUCACACCGUCGAUCAGAAAAAGGGAGAGGGGGAAAAAAGUGCCUUUUUUUUAUCUUAAAGUCAGGUUUUAGCCGUUCUCUCUCUGACUGCCCGAGGAUGUUCUUCUUUCACCGUCACGGUUGACCCUCAGUGGGAUUGUUUUGUUUCUAUUACAUGCCGUGGCAGUCAGUUGAACUAUUUAAAAUGGCUGCCGUGUUAGUCUGUUGCUAAUGUAGCUCAGUUAUGGCUCCUCGGUGGAAACUAUAACAAUAAGAUCAGUAGAUUUAAAUAAUACUCCCAAUCUGCAUACAGUGUUCACCUGAUCUCUUGUACACGUCUCAUUUUUAAAUACAAUUUUAGUACAAUGACCCCCCCCCCCCCCCCUCUACCAUUAUGAGAGAAUGUAAAAGUACAUAGUAAAGAGCAUGGCUUUAACUCUAUUUGAUGUUUGUAAAAGGAAGCUAUUAAUUGUCACCUUUUUGAACUUAUUUUUGUCAGCAAAAGUACUUUUGUCCAUCGAUGAACUAAUACCCUCUUCCUGUUGCUUUUGUUUUAACUGUUGUUUUGCUAGUUGUUGUUUUUUGCCCAUUUGACGUUAUUGGAAUGUCUCGGAGAGAGCGAUGCGUCAGCCAAUCAAAAAUGGAGAGUGCAGAUUCCACUUUUUUUCUUUUUUUUUAUGUAUCGACAGCCCCAAAACCAGAAGAGCUGGUUGCUGUGGUUUCCACUAAGAUUUGAUGGGAAAAUGGCUGUUCUUGAAUUUAGUUCUACAGUAGUUCUUGGUCUCUUAAGGAGAAUAUAAAUAGUAACAGUCCAAGUCAGAGGGCCCAGUGUUGACCCUCAAUACUCUACAUGCUGGUUUCUGUAUGAACACACUGGUGUUUGAAUGGAUAUUAGAGUGGUGUGUGUGUGAAUGAAACAUGGGUAUCUUGUCAUUAUUAAUCCUUAUAGCGCUUACAUUCUGGCAACAGUGACAUAUCACUGACAUAUCAGACAAUUAGACAAUUUUAUGAGAUGAAAACCAGCAAUACACAGGGGGUUCUGGAGAGGUGGACACUGAUGGACCCUUCUCUAGGACAACCUCCCACUGCUGCUCACACAACAACCCCUUACUCACCCAGGCAUCUUGCUUACAACAUCUCAGCUCUUAUUGUUUCUCUCUCGCACUGUGUGCGUGUGUGCGUGUGUGUGUGUGCGUGUGCGUGCGUGCGUGCGUGACACAAAGGUUUUCCAGUAAAGCACUUAGUACUAACUUCGUUCUCUGUCAUCUUGUUUCUCACUCAAACUGUGAGCACGUCACAAAUUACUCCCUGUUCCCUUUGUAGUGUGUUACUUCUGACCAGGGCAAGGCUCUGGUCCAAAGUAGUGCACAAAAUCGGGAAUAGGGUGCUAUUUCAGACCGUAGUCUGUAGCUUAGUGGAUGAGGAGGGGAAGAGACAUAAACCAGGAGAUAUUUUGACCCGGCAACAGAGGACUGGGGUUUCCCACCCCUGUUCUAAGGGGAAAUGGUUUUCUUCUUCUAAAAAAAAAAAGAUGUUUUCAUUGUCAUGUAAUUGGGGUUGUCACAUUCCGUACAUUUGAGGGGAAUUUGUGAGAGUUGUUAACCUGAGACCUGAAGCCAUUGAGAAGGUGGGAUGUGUUCUAACUUACCUAACCUGCGUUUAAAAAAUGCCAUGCUAGUUAUUUGUUUGUUGUUAUUGGGUCUAUUUACAUGUUGGAAAACUGACAUCUCUUAUUUUCAAUGCCAACAUCUAAUAAGAAGCUAUACGUUAGUGAUUCUUAAGAACAACUAUACCAUACUCAGGUUGUUGUCAUUGGUUAAAAGUGUAUGUGGUCAUCUAUGUUCACUGAAACUGUUUAAAACCAAAAACUUUUAAGUUUUGAUUCCCAGAGUGUGUUUUUCUGACAAUGAAUUAACAGUCAGGUUAAAUAAAUGCUCUCCUGGCCGUCCAGGUACGUUAGUUUCAUGCAUACUGGACAUGCCAAAAUCAUUACAUUUUUCACACUACUUGAUUAACCAUUGUUAGCGUCCCAAUCUAUCCUAAAGGAAAACAUUUAUUUUCUUUCAAUGGUGAUACAAAAGUAGUUCAAUAAAAUUAGAAAAUGAAUUCUCCCCAUCUAAACUGCUUGUGGAUUCCCUAUGGGUUAUCAUAGGAAAUGAUUAAUUUAGUGUGGCUGUAAAUCAUUCUCUGCUGUUGCCUUUCAUAUAACCGGUAUGAAGCCACAAACUACUCCCCUUAUCCCAAAAUGUAUUGGUCUCUGUGGAAUUGUAUUGUGCAGUACAUUUUUUUUUAAUUUUUUACAAGAAAAUCUGAAAAUAUGCAAUAGAAAUGACAAAUACCUGAGUUACAUGUGUUGAUCUAAACAGAGAUUAUAGACAUGUACUGUCAUUUUCUUGUUUUCUUUUCCAAUAUAAGCUAUUUCAGACAGAAAAUGUUCACUUUAGUGAAUGAACUCUGCAGGACAGAUUUUCAGGAAAACGUUCAAGUGUCAAUAUAUACCAUUUGAUUUAGACAGAGUUCCAGUAUAUUAGAUUGUCUAACAGGUGGCCAAAGCAAAUCCAGACUCAAAGUUUCCCUGUAGUUUCAGUAGCUCUUGGAACGACAGACGUACAGGACUGUCAUAUAACACAUUUUAUAUAUUUUUUUUUGGUGUACUAAUAUUAUGAAUAUAGUAGUCAGUGAACAACAAAAAAAAUAACUUCACACAAGCUGUUUGUGAAAGUAAUCAACCAGCUUUGAACCUGACCAUUUGCACUACCCCAAAUAUUAUUUUGAAAUUCUAUUUUGUAUAAAAACAGACGUUCACUUUUGAAACGUAUUAUCAAGGGCAGAAUGAUGAUGAUGAUGAUGAUGAUGAUGAUGAUCUGGUAUAUGCUUUCCUUUGAAGAUGGCUUGUUUAGCUUAUAGACUAUUUCAAUUAUGUACAUAUAACCCAAUGUAAAGAAAAACAAUGUUGUUAUAUUUCUCCCACAAAUAAUAAUACUUUUCUAUAUCUCUAUUAUUGCUCAUCUGUAGUAGAUCAUGUUGAUGCUUUUCCUUCCAUUAAAUGUUGAACUACG